GCACGAGCGCUGUCAUUUCAAUACUGAAUGAGGCUCACAGAGGAGCUCGUGCAGUCCUCGUUCACUUCCCCCUGUUUUCGUUUCCUUUGCAGGCCUCUUUGUUUAUUUUAAUCUCUUCUCUUCCAUUUUAAACAACACCCGCUUUCCCUGGUCGAAAUGUACCGGUAUUUUGGCGAGCUUGUGAGCCGCGGAGCAGGCAGCGCUCUGGCGGCGGGGUGCGUGGAGGCAGCGAUGCCGGCUUCAGCGUCUGUAAUGCGGCUAAGGCACUACAGCGACGCCGCGGAUAAAGAGGACGACCCCAACUUCUUCAGGAUGGUGGAGGGCUUCUUUGACCGCGGCGCCGCCAUAGUGGAGAACAAGCUGGUGGAGGACCUGAAGACGAGAGAGACACCCGAGCAGAAGAGACACCGAGUCCGGGGGAUCCUCAAGAUCAUCAAGCCGUGCAACCACGUCCUCAGCGUGUCUUUCCCCAUCAAGAGAGACAACGGAGAGUGGGAGGUUAUCGAGGGCUACCGGGCGCAGCACAGCCAGCACAGAACUCCCUGCAAAGGAGGUAUCCGGUACAGCACAGAUGUGUCUGUGGAUGAAGUUAAAGCCUUGGCCUCGCUGAUGACCUAUAAAUGUGCUGUUGUGGAUGUGCCGUUUGGAGGUGCCAAAGCUGGAGUCAAAAUCAACCCUAAAAAUUUCUCUGACAAUGAGUUGGAGAAAAUCACAAGAAGAUUCACCAUUGAGCUUGCCAAAAAGGGAUUCAUUGGACCCGGUGUUGAUGUCCCUGCCCCUGACAUGAGCACUGGCGAGAGGGAGAUGUCCUGGAUUGCUGAUACUUACGCUAACACUAUUGCUCACACUGACAUUAACGCUCAUGCCUGCGUGACGGGGAAGCCCAUCAGCCAGGGAGGAAUCCACGGCAGAGUGUCAGCCACAGGGCGUGGAGUUUUCCACGGCAUCGAGAACUUCAUCAACGAGGCAUCCUACAUGAGCAAGCUCGGACUGACGCCAGGCUUCGCUGACAAGACCUUCAUCAUCCAGGGUUUCGGAAAUGUUGGCUUGCACUCUAUGCGUUACCUCCACCGUUACGGUGCUAAAUGCGUGGGUAUUGCUGAGAUUGACGGAAACAUCUGGAAUCCUAAUGGCAUCGACCCCAAGGAACUCGAGGACUACAAACUGCAACAUGGCACUAUUGUGGGCUUCCCUAACGCUCAGCCCUAUGAGGGUAGCAUCCUGGAGGCAGACUGUGACAUCCUCAUCCCUGCCGCUGGAGAGAAACAACUUACCCGGAAGAACGCUCCCAACAUCAAGGCUAAGAUCAUUGCUGAGGGAGCUAACGGCCCCACCACACCCGAUGCUGACAAGAUCUUCUUGGAGAGGAACAUCAUGGUCAUCCCGGACAUGUACCUGAAUGCCGGUGGUGUGACCGUCUCCUACUUCGAGUGGCUGAAGAACCUGAACCAUGUCAGUUACGGGCGUCUGACCUUCAAGUACGAGAGGGACUCCAACUACCACCUGCUGAUGUCUGUGCAGGAAAGUCUUGAGAGGAAGUUUGGAAAGCAAGGUGGUCCCAUCCCUGUGGUUCCCACUGCAGAAUUCCAGGCUCGUGUGGCAGGUGCCUCUGAGAAGGACAUUGUGCACUCUGGUCUUGCCUACACAAUGGAGAGAUCUGCAAGGCAAAUUAUGCGUACGGCCAACAAGUACAACCUGGGCUUGGACCUCAGGACAGCAGCUUACGUCAAUGCCAUUGAGAAGGUCUUCAAAGUGUACAAUGAGGCUGGCCUGACCUUCACAUAAAUCCUCAAUCUCCCCUCUACCAGCCACUCUAUACCGGCCUUAGACCAACCCUGUGCCCCAUACCACAGCCUUUUGUCAUUUUCUGAGUUUACAAUGACACCUAUAGUAUCCCCACAUUAUUAAAGUAAAUGAAAUGAAAUAUUAAAUUACCCCAUUCAUAUUUUGCCAAGUUUUUCCAUAUAGUUUAUCGUAAUUAUGCUGUAACAUCUGUAUACUACUGUUCUGUAUGACAUAGAAAGAAGCUGCUAAUUAUGUCAUGGAGUACAUCAUGCUAUGAUGUUAUUCAGUUCAAAUAUCUCAAAUUACUGUUAGUUUUGUACUAAUUUUGUCAUUAACUAAUGUUUGCAGUAUUGGCAGUAUUCAUUCGCCAGCCCUCAAGAUAUAUUUAGAUUCAUUUAUUAAUAUUGUUUGUUGGCCCAAAGCUUGUGACUCCACAUUGUAAGUAUUGAAAGACAACACUAAAGAUGCCUUUGACCUUAGAGCAGGAGUUUUAUACUCGCAGGAAUUCUGUCUUUAUACCAGUGGUUCAACAUUCAUAAAAUACCUCACAUAGGAAAAAUCCAUCCAACACACUGGUCCUAUUCAGCAAUUUGUCUUGGAGACAUUCUAAAUCUAAAAAUCUUCAAUUUAAAAUGUCUGAAUAUUAAACCCAGUGGAUUUUGUGACACUCUGGAAAAGUGCGCGUGUUCGUGUGUGCGUGUAUUCGUGUGUGUGUGUGUGUGUGUGUGUGUGUGUGUGUGUGUGUGUGUGUGUGUGUGUAGGUGAGUGUAGCUCAUGGGGGAACAAAACCAUUCACAAAGCUCAUCUACACCGUCAUGUGGAAAUUUGCUUUGGAAAAAUUUGUAUUGCUUUUCUUUGUUGUUGAGAAUAAAGAAAUUGAAACACG